UCUUAUUUUAAGCCAACGCCACAUACCUCAUUACAAGAGCACUGAAGGUGUGUUACUCCACAGCUAAAAGUAGUCCUGUUUGAAGCUACAGUGUCCAGCCAUUUCAGCUAAUGACUGAGCCUUUUUUUUAAACAUGAACUCAUGCAUUUGUGUGUUUUGGUUUUUAAGGGAGCCACAGAUGGAGUGGAGGAACUGGAAAGUACUAAGAAAAACACUAACACAGUUCUGGUUUAUCAGACAUCUGUUGGCAACAGCAAAAAUAGAAAAUAAUACAAGCUGUCAUUGAGAACAGUUUGUUUCUCGAGGGCACUUUGUUCUGCUCUGCCGCCUGAUCUCCAGUCAUCCCUCCAUCUGUCCUCCAACAGCCUUUAAAGAGCUUUAUGUAUUCAGAAAGUCAGUCAACAGCCACGGGUGAAACUGACGGUGUGUGUGAGCUCAUAAUUAUCUUCUUCAGUGCAAGGAUUGGCAGUUUGGGAGGUUGACGUGGUUGACUCUAGUCUGAUGUGGCGUCUCGAUCGAAAACCUGUCACAUUACGUCAUGUUUUGAUGGAGAGCUGUGUGUCAUGAGGCUUGUACUGUAUCUCAGUCUGCUCGGGUUCAGAGUGUUCCCCUUUAGAAGUCAAAACGGCAUAUGAUUUGAUUUCGUGCUCUUUUAUCCUUUAACUAGCCUGAUAACAGGGACGGAAGAAGCAAUGAUUUGUGUGUGUGUGUGUGUGUAACAACUCUCCAUCAUCCCCUAGCAGACGAUCCAUUAGCCUCGGACCCCCUCCCCGGUUGCCCAGUGAUAAAGUAAACAAAGUGUGUUUGGCAAAUCCGGCAAGCAAAUAUUUGUUCUGGAAGCUGCCUCGUCCACCGGGAGACACACACGUCUGCAGCCACGUGUUGAGGUAUAUAUACAGUGACAAUCCCAACAGGCCGGUAUUACAUACGCACACACCACACGUACAGAAAAGUCUACCCAUCAGUGACCCAGGCCGGACCUUUCCUCGGACAUCAACUCUGACUUUUUGAACUUCAGUAGCCUUAAUGAGCCAACAUGGCGGCGGGCAUAAUCAGAAACUUCCUCGUUCAGGCCCCGCCUCCAGCCUACUUCCCCCUGAUUUUCCAGCACUCUCCAUGCAAGGAGGACGAAGAGAAGAUGCUGGAGGAGAAGCCCCAGAUGAGGGAAGAUGACGGGGAAAGAGAAGGAGAGGAGGAGGAGGAGGAGGAGGAGGAGGAUGAAGAAUCUGAAGCUCAGGAAGAAGAGGAGGAAUGUUUAGAGGAGGUUUUCUCGAACCCCACCCACUACGCUUUGGAUGUGACCAAGCAGCUGCUGAGGUUUGCAGAUCUCAUCAGCCGUGACGUCCAGCGGUAUUUUGGUCGCUGCUCUGCCGAUCAAGAAGCUUGCGACAUCUACAGCGACACGGUCUCAGUCACAACCAGUGGGCGCCUGCGUUACUAUGACGACCUGCUGAAAAUCGCAAGAGCAGGAAGUCCAGAGGAGCAAGAAAGCAGCUCUGUGACUUGUGCUGAUGAGGAAGGAGUCAGCGGUUUGGGGCCCCUGGCUGAACUGUUCAAACACAGGGGCCCGAGUCAGGGCCGCAACCGGCCCAUGAUCAAAAGGCACCUCCCGCUCAGUUUCUGGACUGAGCCGGUCCCCUGCUGCUCUCUGGUCAGUUUCAGUAACACACCUGAUGUCGCACACACAAGCAGCGACACACCCUCACAGGACGACACACACGCAGACGCCAGCACACACAUGCACUACAGCCCGCUGUCACACACACACAACACACACAGCCUCGAAGGCACUCAGCCGGACUUCAGUGACUUGCUGGCAAACUGGGAUCCAAACCCGGAGCUCACGCACACACUGACGGAGAACACACACAUGCAGCAUUAAACACAACGGCCUGCUGGGACCGACAGCUGACUGUGGAAAAUGCUUUGUUCAAGUUGCUCUUUGACUUUGAUAGGUACUUGU